AAAGAAAAUGAUGGAGCUCCAGAAUUUAUACAUUUGCCUUAUCGAGCACAUGUAAAGGAAAACGCCGUUGGAGGAACUAGCGUCAUAAAAAUCGUAGCAUCAGAUCCAGACGGCCCCGAUUCUGGCAUCAACUAUUUCAUACACAGCGGUGCGAAAGACAAUUUCAUCCUGAAUCAAAAGUCUGGUUUGAUCAGUGUUGCUUCUGGAGCUGAUCUGGACAGAGAUCUUUAUGGCACAGAAUAUCAAAUCACGGUCCAAGCAGUUGACUCUGGAAUUCCAGUACAACAAACAGCUACUGGGACAGUAUCUAUUUUCAUUGAAGACGUGAAUAACAAGCCACCAACGUUUGAUCAAGACACUUAUGUGGAGUAUGUUCCAGAAAGCACCGGUAUUGGAGAAGUUGUCUUGACUGUAUCCGCUAGCGAUCCUGAUGAAGAUUCUAAACUUCGCUAUUCCAUCUCGGAACCAAUCAUAGCAAGAGAUAAAACUGGAUCCGUGGUGACGUCAUCAUCAUACAAUUAUAAGACUGCUUUUCGAAUAGAUGGAACUUCGGGGAAAAUUAUGGUCAAUCAACCUUUGGAAUAUAACUCCGCAUCCGUCAUAAUAUUGACUGUGCAAGCAGUGGACUUAAAUGCCGUUGAUGUGACUUUCGGCAAACAACAGAAGACGUCAGUUGAAGUGACUUUAUACAUCCGUGCUCACGGAGAAAUGAACCCCGUCUUCUCUCCUCCGUGGACCCUAGCCCAUCCUGUCAUCGAGAUCACGGUGCCGGAAGAGACACUGAUCGGCUCCACCCUGCUCACGCUCUCUGCGAGGGACCCUCUCACUCACGCAAGCGUCACGCAUUUCGAGAAGAUUUCCGGAUCUGAUCCAGAUAACUACGUUUCUGUCAGUCCGGUGUCGGGUGUAGUUGCACUAAAUCGGCGUUUAGACUUCGAAGAACUGCCUUUGAAGCAUGUCAGUUUUCGAGUUAAAGCUCUCAUUGGUGAAUCAAAGAACCAAAGAUUCAGUGAAGCUGUGGUGAAAAUAAACGUUCAAGAUAUCAAUGAUAAUAGUCCUGUAUUUUCACAAAAUUCAUAUACAACAAGCAUUUCGGAAUCAGCUCAGUAUCCACAAAGCAUACUGACAGUAAUAGCUUCUGACAAAGACAGCCAAGAUGGAUUCGGUACUGUCAAGUAUUCCUUAUCCGGUGAUGGAAGCGACGUUUUUGACAUUGAUGAAACAUCAGGGACAAUCUCAGUCAAAGAAAAUGUAACUCUGGACCGAGAAAAGCAGAGCAUUUACAACUUACAAGUGACAGCUACUGACAAUCCCAGAGGUGGAGCGAACCAGAGAAGAACAUCUAUCAUAGUUGCUAUAAAAAUUCUCGACGAAAAUGAUAACGCACCCAAAUUCAUCCAAGAAAUAUACACAACAGUCAUUCCCGAAAAUGUGCCAACGGAUUUCAGUAUUGUCACUGUCAGGGCCAUGGACGUAGACAAUGGGAGGAAUGGCGAAGUACAAUACAUCAUUCAAGAAGAUUUGGACAGGCAAUCUAUAAGUUUUUUUGCCGUGGAUUCCGAAACAGGAGUUGUGACCGUUGUUCGACCUCUAUCAGGGAAAGGUAGGAGCGAGCCAUACACGGUGAAAAUCCAAGCAAUGGACAAAGGCAACCCACCUCUCAGCUCCAUAUGCCACCUGCUAAUCGUUGUAGGCGAUAUAUCUACGAAUGACGGAGUCCCCCAGUUCAUCCGCCCAACAGCUGGAGAAGUGGCCUAUAUACAUGAGAAUGUUACUGUAGGAACGGAAGUAUUCCAAGUUGUUGCUUUUGAUCCAGAUAAUUCGAACACCGCAAAUGGUAAAGUCGCUUAUAAACUUCUGGAUGAUCAAAGCUCAGAAGAUUAUGAUUACGAAUUUACCAUCGACGCAGCAACAGGAAUCAUAAGUACUCAAGCACCUCUAGAUCGAGAAAGAAAGGAAAAUUACACGAUGAUUGUCGUUGCUCAUGAUUUCGGGUUUCCACCGCAAGAAGCUCAUAGGGUGUUGAGAAUAUUCGUCUUGGACGUAGAUGACAGCGAGCCACAGUUUGUACGCCCCCUUAAAUCACAGCCAAUUGAAAUAUCACUAAAGGAAGAAGAGCCUGUCGGUACUGUAGCAGGAGUUGUGAAAGCCGUUGACAAUGAUACAGGAAUCAAUUCAAUCAUUGACUACUACAUACUCAAUGGAAAUGAUGAUGGCAUCUUCGGCAUCAGAAGAUCUAUGGAUAAUGCUGGAGAACUGAUUGUCCAAAAGCGUAUUGAUAGAGAAAACGUGACGAAAUUCACGCUCACUAUCAAAGUAUGUAAGCCGUCAGAGCCGGUGACCGAGUACGGUGAGCCCUAUAACUAUCAAGAUCUAUCUCAAAUUCAGAUCACCAUUCUUGUGGAAGACAUAGAUGACAAUCCACCUGCAUUUGAAACCUCCAAUUAUGUGUUAGGUGCCAGGGGUAAUACGGAAGUCGAUUCCGAGCUUGUUACCCUCCAUGCAUCAGACCCGGAUGCAUCUUCUAGUCCAAUUACAUAUAGUCUUCAAAAUGUGCUGUUUAUCAGAUCAUCUACUCAAGAGCAGAUUGAGAUGCUGGAUGUGUUCCAUGUCAAUCCACAGUCUGGAGCAUUAAGUAACAAUGAACCUCUUGGAAAAUACGUUGGAGGAUUUUUCCAAAUUUCAGUGGCAGCUAGUAGUUCUACUGAUAUUCGCAGUGUAGCCGUAGCUGAAGUUAAAGUGUAUAUACUUCAAGACAGAGACCUGUUGAAAUUCGUAUUUUACAAAAGACCUAGUGAAGUGCGAGAAAUUAUUCCAAGAUUCCAAAAAGAUUUAAAACUUGCCGUUGCUCAACCAGUGUCACUGAACAUUUAUGACACAAAUUUUUAUUCAAGAAAUGACGGAAGUUUGGAUUUUGAAAGCACAAGUUCUUGCUUCCAGCUCUUGGAAAAUGAUAUCAUUAUAGAGCCAAAGAAAGUGAUGAAAAUACUAAAUCAAGCCAAAUCAUCAACCAUCAGGGAUUUAUACUCAAACUACAGUGUCGUUGCCAUAGAGAAUUGUGCUUCAAGCCGAGAAGCGUAUAAGAUAUUGUGGAGCGAAAUUUUUGUUCUUGUGAUCGCACUCAUCAUUGCCCUUUGUUCAUUCGUCUUAUGCAUCGUCAUUUGUGCUAUGUAUUCAAGUUACAGCAAAAAGAUAAAGAGGACGACCUAUUUUCACAGUGUAUAUAUGACAGAAAAUGGGGGACACCCACCGAUUUUAAGCCCAGCAGAGCAACAGAGAAUAUAUGAAUGGCAAGAAAUGAAUGCACCACUUGCUGAUGCAGCUUCUUUCAGAAGUUACCCAACGCUCAGAUGAUCGCCUAAAACUGCCUUCAACAAAAUAGUUCAAGCGGGUAACUUGACAAAGAGAAGAACUUUAUUGAAACUUAGGGAGUAUCAACUUUGAUCUAUUUUAGGAAUUCUACACUUUUAAAACGCAGGAAAUGUUCAGGAAGGCUGUCCUUGGUCUUCGUUCGAGUGAAGAAUAAGUUAUUUUUUGUGUCGAACUUUCAGACGGUGAAGAUUUGUACAGAGACAGUUCGAUUUGUAUAUUUCAACUAAUUUAUUAAAAAAAUAAAACAAA